AUGGCAGGAUGGAGAGGAUCCAGAUCGAGGUUAGGUGGCUCCGGUGGUGGUGGAGGAGGUGACUUAGCCAGUUCGCCAAUGAUGGAGCGCGUCUCUUCGUCUCGUACUGUUCAUCUUGGAAGGGUCCAACCUCAGGCACCUGGUCAUCGCACCGUGUUUUGCAAUGACCGUGAAGCAAAUGCCCUAGCCAAAUUCAAGGGGAACUCGGUUUCGACUACUAAGUAUGAUGUGCUUACCUUUCUACCCAAAGGGCUGUUCGAACAGUUCAGGCGGGUGGCUAACCUUUACUUCCUUAUGAUCUCUAUUUUGUCAUGCACUCCAGUAAGUCCGGUGAGUCCAAUCACAAAUGUGCUUCCCUUGAGCUUAGUGCUUCUUGUUUCUCUUAUAAAGGAGGCAUGGGAAGAUUGGAAGCGCUUUCAGAAUGAUAUGUCCAUUAAUAAUACUCCCAUAGACGUUUUACAAGAUCAAAAGUGGGUGACUGUUCCUUGGAAGAAACUCCAGGUUGGAGAUAUAGUCAGAGUUAAGCAGGAUGGGUACUUUCCUGCCGAUAUUUUGUUCCUAGCAAGCACAAAUCCUGAUGGUAUUUGCUACACUGAGACUGCAAAUCUGGAUGGUGAGACAAAUUUAAAGAUUAGGAAAGCUCUCGAGAAAACAUGGGAUUAUGUGACUCCUGAGAAAGUCUCUGAAUUCAAAGGUGAAGUGCAAUGUGAGCAGCCUAACAAUUCCUUGUACACAUUUACUGGAAAUCUGAUAAUUCAGAAGCAAACCUUGCCACUGAGUCCAAAUCAAAUUUUAUUGCGAGGAUGUAGCCUCCGGAACACCGAAUAUAUUGUUGGUGCUGUGAUAUUUACGGGACAUGAGACAAAGGUUAUGAUGAAUGCCAUGAAAAUCCCCUCGAAAAGAAGCACUCUAGAAAAGAAACUUGACAAACUUAUUCUCACCCUUUUCUGUGUCCUCUUUGGCAUGUGCCUUUUGGGUGCCAUUGGCAGUGGGGUUUUCAUAAACCGGAAGUAUUACUACUUGCGCUUCGAGAAUAACAAGAAUUCAGAUGCACAAUUUAAUCCUGACAAUAGAUUUGCGGUUGCUGCUUUGACCAUGUUUACCCUUAUCACUCUGUAUUCUCCAAUCAUACCAAUAUCUCUUUAUGUGUCAGUUGAGAUGAUCAAAUUUAUUCAAUCCACCCAAUUUAUCAACAAUGAUUUGCAUAUGUAUCAUUUAGAGAGCAAUACCCCAGCUUUGGCACGGACUUCUAAUUUGAAUGAAGAACUUGGACAGGUGGAGUACAUAUUUUCUGAUAAAACUGGAACUUUGACGAGAAAUUUGAUGGAGUUCUUCAAAUGUUCCAUUGGUGGAGAAAUAUAUGGUACUGGUGUGAGUGAAAUUGAAAUUGGAACCGCACAAAGAAAUGGAGAUAAGAUAGAGGUUCAGAGAUCGUCACAUGCUGUGCAUGAGAAGGGUUUCAACUUUGAUGAUCCUCGUCUAAUGCGAGGUGCUUGGAGAAAUGAACCUAAUCCUGAUUUAUGCAAGGAGUUUUUCAGAUGUCUUGCAAUAUGUCAUACUGUACUUCCUGAGGGUGAAGACACCCCGGAAAAGAUUCGUUAUCAAGCUGCUUCUCCUGAUGAGUCCGCUCUGGUUACUGCAGCAAAGAACUUUGGGUUCUUCUUUUUUAAACGAACUCCCACAAUGAUCUAUGUUCGUGAAUCACACGUUGAAAAGAUGGGAAAAGUUGAAGAUGUUCCUUAUGAGAUUUUGAACGUUCUUGAGUUCAACAGCACAAGGAAGCGCCAAUCUGUUGUAUGCCGCUACCCCAAUGGCAGACUUGUUCUGUAUUGCAAGGGUGCUGACACAGUCAUUUAUGAAAGACUGGCGGACAGAGAUAAUGAUUUGAAGAGAGUCUCUAGGGAUCAUUUAGAACAGUUUGGAGCUGCUGGAUUGCGUACUUUGUGCCUAGCAUAUCGAGAUUUGAGUCCUGAAGCAUAUGAAAACUGGAAUGAGAAGUUUAUUCAGGCCAAAUCUUCUCUAAGGGAUCGUGAGAAGAAGUUAGAUGAGGUGGCAGAACUAAUAGAAAAGGACCUUGUCUUGAUUGGCUGUACUGCAAUAGAAGACAAGCUUCAAGAAGGAGUUCCUGCCUGCAUAGAGACACUUUCAAAGGCUGGUAUAAAAAUUUGGGUGCUUACUGGGGACAAGAUGGAGACAGCCAUUAACAUAGCAUAUGCUUGCAAAUUGAUCAAUAAUAGCAUGAAACAAUUUAUCAUCAGUUCUGAAACAGAUGCAAUAAGAGAAAUUGAAGAUAGGGGUGACCAAGUGGAGCUUGCUCGAUAUAUGAAAGAAAGUGUGAAGAAUGAGCUGAAGAAGUGCUUUGAAGAAGCUCAACAUUGUCUUCGCACCACUCCGGAAACAAAGUUAGCCCUCGUGAUUGAUGGGAAGUGUUUGAUGUAUGCAUUGGACGUAAAUUUGCGAGUGAUGCUGUUGAAUUUGAGCUUAAAUUGUAGCGCAGUGGUGUGUUGCCGUGUUUCUCCUUUGCAAAAGGCACAGGUCACAAGUCUGGUAAAAAAGGGUGCAAAGAGGAUUACACUCAGUAUUGGUGAUGGUGCCAAUGAUGUUAGCAUGAUACAGGCUGCUCAUGUUGGUGUUGGAAUUAGUGGGCAGGAAGGAAUGCAAGCAGUGAUGGCCAGUGAUUUUGCAAUUGCUCAAUUCCGUUUCCUCACAGAUCUACUUCUUGUGCAUGGCCGGUGGUCGUAUCUUAGAAUUUGCAAGGUCGUGACAUAUUUCUUCUACAAGAAUCUGAUGUUUACUUUGACACAAUUUUGGUUCACAUUCCACACUGGAUUCUCUGGUCAACGGUUUUAUGAUGAUUGGUUUCAGUCUCUUUAUAAUGUUAUCUUCACUGCCUCACCUGUAAUUGCCCUUGGAAUAUUUGAGAAGGAUGUCAAUGCAGCCCUUUCGAAGAAAUAUCCGGAACUAUACAAAGAAGGGAUAAAGAACACAUUCUUCAAAUGGAGAGUUGUAGCUGUGUGGGCUUUUUUUGCAAUAUAUCAAUCACUCAUAUUCUAUCAUUUCGCGACGGCUUCUAGUAGUGCAGGCAUGAACAGAGCUGGCAAGAUGUUUGGUCUUUGGGAUGUCAGUACGAUGGCCUUCACAUGUGUUGUAGUUACUGUCAACUUGCGGCUUUUAAUGAUGUGUAAUACGAUAACGAGGUGGCAUCAUAUUACUGUUGGAGGCAGUAUAUUAUCGUGGUUUAUAUUUGUGUUUAUAUACUCUGGGAUCGUUUUGCCUAAAGACCAGGAAAAUAUCUAUUUUGUGAUUUUUGUCUUGAUGAGUACGAUAUAUUUCUAUCUUACGCUGCUGCUUGUUCCCAUAGCUGGACUUUUCUGUGACUUCAUAUUCCAGGGAGUCCAGAGGUGGUUCUUCCCCUAUGAUUACCAGAUUGUUCAGGAAAUCCACAGGCAUGAACCUGACAGUAGUAAGGUUGGAUUGCUGGAAAUUGGUAACCAGCUCUCACCAGAUGAAGCUCGAAGCUAUGCUAUAAUGCAAUUACCUGGAGCAAAAUCAAAGCAUACUGGUUUUGCAUUUGAUUCACCAGGUUACGAGUCUUUUUUUGCAUCGCAAGCAGGUGUAUUUGUCCCUCAAAAGGCUUGGGAUGUGGCUCGACGAGCUAGCAUGAAGUCACGGCCAAAACAACCUCGAGCGAACUGA